UUUUCGCAGGUGUGAGUUUGAGUUUGUAGCUAAUAUGUGAUACAGCUGAAAAUUAAAUAUGAGAAUCGGAAUAUUUAUGUUGUUCAACAUUCUGUGUGGAUUAUGCAUUGCAGAUAAACCAAUAGUUAAAAGAAUACCCGAAGAAAGUCCGAGAGGUACGAAGGUUGCAGACUUGCGACAGGAAAUCGGAGUCUCGUUCCAUGGAUAUCCGAACGUGAUGUUUAGAGUCAUGGAACAGUCGCUAGAGUUCGGGACCUCGCGUCCCUCUGUAACGGCACAAUCUAACUGGGUAAAGGUGAACGCGAGGUCAGGUUUGAUGACGGUGCAAGACAGAAUAGAUAGGGAGGAACUUUGUGGAGAACUCAUCUCAUGUGAACUCGUAGUGAAGGUGCUUAUGCUACCCAGACCCAACUUUCGUUUCAUCACGGUUCGUGUAAACAUUGAUGACGUCAAUGAUAACAGUCCAAUGUUUACGUCACCAGUCAUCAACCUAAACGUGAGCGAGAGCACAGCACCUGGACACCAACUUAACCUAGAUAGAUUUCAAGCGACUGACGCGGAUUUGGGAAACAACUCGAAAAUCUGGUAUUCGUUGUCGCAAACCGAGAACUACUUCAGGAUUAACUAUUACGAAGUGAACGGAGUCUCCCGUUUAAGGCUUGUCCUUGGGAAUCAACUUGACUUUGAGACGACGCGAGUGCAUCGUAUGGUUCUAACAGCGCAUGAUUCGGGAGCUUUGUCCCGGUCUAGUGACGUUGAGGUCAAGAUACACGUCAUGGACGAAAACGACAACUAUCCCAUAUUUGAACAAAAGAGCUAUGACGCAAACCUCCGCGAAAAUGACCCUCCAGGUCACGUGAUUGUCCAAGUUCAAGCCACCGACAAUGAUAGUGGUCGUCGUGGGAUUGUGAGGUAUUUGAUUGGUGGAGAAAAUGGUGACGUGGACAAAUCAAAAUCGUCAAUCAAGUGGCCAGUGACCAUUAACCCUGACAACGGGUUUGUUACACUCCGGGAAAAACUCGACCAUAAGAGACAUGACGGGUUAAAAAUACUUAUUGAAGCUAUAGAUGGUGACCCUUUACGACCAAAGAAAUCAAAAGUUAUUCUUCGUCUUCAUGUUGAAGAUGUAAACGACAACGCUCCUGUUAUUACGAUCAACUAUAUUGUUAAUAACGUAGACGAUACGGCUUACGUCAUCGAAUCUGCUCCAAUCGGAACGUUCAUAGGUCACGUAAGCGCCACGGAUGCGGAUGAGGGACCUAACAGUGACGUCACAAUGAAAGCUGAGACCAUCAUCCCAGGAACGGAAGAAAUUGGGAACUUGACUGAGCCUGGGAACUUCGCUAUUACAACCGAGAACUUGCUGGCUACUGAUAUUUUAUUGGACAGAGAAGUAAAAAGUACCUAUGACGUCAUCAUCACUGCUUGUGAUAACGGUUCACCCGCGCAAUGCUCCAGACGCACAGUCCGUGUCGUCUUGUUGGACGUAAAUGAGUUUACCCCUUCAUUCCAACAUCCGGACUUUGAUUUGAUCCUCCCGGAAGACACUCCAAUUGGUUCAGUUAUUGCUCACGCUUCUGCUGUGGAUGGAGACUCCGAGAAUUCACCAGCUUGGCGGUUAAACGAGGACAACAAGAUUGAACCGUCAACAAAUGGAAAGGUCACAUAUGGUUUGUCUUUGGCUAAAGUUGGUGAAAAAUCUAGAGGAAAAAUCCCGAUCCGUAUAAACCAUGAAAGUGGCCAAGUCACAUUAGUUCGAUCUUUGGAUUUUGAAACCCGGAAACACUGGAAGUUUGUUAUUACGGCAAGGGACGGUGGUAGUGUACGACGACAAAGUACACGGGUCUUAAACAUCACAGUAAUCGAUGUGAACGACAAUAGACCAAUAUUUACGUUCCCUGAAACAAGCAAUACAACGGUGUUUGCUAGCGUCACCUCGCGGACACCAAUUUUCGCAGAAAUCCAGGCGGUUGACUUUGAUACUGGGACCAGCACCAACAUCCGUUAUUCAUAUCGGAUCACCCAUAAAGAUGGUGGUAAAGUUCGCCACAAGCAAUUUUCAUCUUUAUUCCAUCUUAACGCGGUGACUGGACAAUUCAUCACCAAAUUUAAAAGUCUUGACACUCAGAACUUGCUUGGGAGAUAUACCGUAACUAUAUCGGCGAAAGAUCAGGGUAUUCCCCCUAUGACGUCAACUAUAAAGUUGUACAUUAACGUCAUCAAUGGGGAACCCCCACCGGGGUAUGUACAAAAACCGAGUUCGCAUGGAAUACAGAACGAUGCAACACCUUUCUCAUCCACACCGUUUCUACUCGCAACCAUACUCGGUGGAGUGCUCGUACUUUUCCUCAUCAUUAUUGUAGCUGCUUGUCUUGUUCGGAAGAGGAGCAGAGAAAGAACGAAGAGGAAAAAAGAGAAGGAAGCGUCCUCACCCUCCAUCCAGACAACAGCAACCCCCAAUGAUGACGAAACAACUUCUUUAACUCGACCAGAUCUAAAGUUAAAACUCAAUUCACCUUCCGAUUCACGUCGUGAGACUGAGAGCACAAACCAUUGGUCUCAACACACCGCUUCAACCCGUCUCACAAGCGUUAGCUCAACCCCGGAACAACAAUGUCGAUUAUGUGAUGGCCCUACCACACCAGGCUCUAUGCAAAGAUACAUUGGUUCACAGAGGCCAAGAUAUCCUUCGCUACCUCGAAGGUUUAACCCAGCAGAACACACACUAUACGUUGACAUGCGAGAUCCCCGCACCCAUUCAGAGGAUUACGCGUUGCCUGAGAUGCCGAUGGAGAUGAUGGCAAUGGGUGAUAAGUGCACUGAGUUGUGUAAAACAUAUGGACACUGUGAUACGUGCUGGAUGCCAAGCUCAGGUUAUCCCGUGGAGCAGACGAGCCAAAUUCCAAAUGACGUCACAACACCAUGGCAACCGAAGUUCUCCGCCACGAGGAAGGAUAGCGGAUGUUCUGUCGAAACUAUGUCGUCCGCGCUCUCUUAUUACAAGCUGACGCGGUCUGAGCAACAGCGACGUCGUAAUGAUGACACACUUCCAGACCUUGUAGCGAAGGGGCGUACAGCCAUGGGCAGUGACGCUAAUUCUUUGAUGUCUUCAACAAACUCUUCAGGAGCGUCAUCGACACGCACCGGUGACCUUAAACAUACGUCAUCAAUUCAAAAAUCGCCAACUCAUCGGGCUUUGAAAAAGUCCAACAGCGAUAUAGGGUAUGAAGCGAAAGACGCAACACCACGGCAGGUCGUUAUUCCUAAUAGCCUAUCCACACAAUGCUAAAGUCGCCUCCCAGGUUUUCCAUAUGGUAUACGAGUUGAGAUAUUUAUUUCAACCCAAUCAUACACAACCGAAUCCCAACAUACCAUAGUGCAGUUCCAUAUAUAUAUAUUGAUCAACUAUAACGCUAUUCUCUGUUUGUUAUGUUUAAUUGCAAUAAAGCUAUUAAAUUCA